AUGAGCGUUGUAGCUUCAAAUGGAAUCGACUCACUUCCUGAUUCUUUGAUAUCUCAGAUACUCUUAUGGCUUCCGACCAAAGAUUCGGUUAAAACGAGUGUUUUAUCAAGUAGAUGGAGAAAUCUAUGGCUUGAUGUUCCAGGACUAGAGCUCGACCUCACGUUCCUCACUCCCUCUUCUUCCAAAUCUGCGGCCAUCAACAACUUGCUUGACAGAUUCAUGGAGCCGCGUCUGCAAAAGCUCAAGAUAAAGUAUGAUGACUCGAACAAUGUGUCUCGCUUUGGAAGCAGCAAGCUGAUCGCCACAGUGAUUAACCGUGGAGUUGAGCAUCUAGAUGUUGAAUCCUUUAGUAUUCUUCCCAGAGAUUUCAUGCCUCUGGACAUAUAUAAGAGCAAGACACUGGUUUCUCUAAAGCUUGCAUAUGUAGGGAUGUCGAGUCCAGGUUAUGUUGUCUCUCUACCUUGUCUCAAGAUCAUGCAACUUGAAAACAUUAAGUGCAGAAAAAGGGAUCCUUUGAUCAUUGAGAAUCUCAUCUCAGGCUGUCCUGUUCUUGAAGAUCUUAACUUGUGUUGGGAUGGUGGUUAUAAUCAACUACCGGUUCUACGUGUGAGAUCUCAGAGUCUUAAGAGGUUUUGUGUUAGGUCUUCCCCUUUGAGCAUUAGUAGAAGUAAAGAGUAUGCGGUUGAGAUUGAUGCUCCAAGACUCGAGUAUAUCAACUUCAGAGAUAAGAACACUCGUAUAGUUGUGGCCAAGAAUAUGAGCUCCUUGUUCAUGAUCGACAUUGAUGCUAAAUUCAAUGUUGAGAAGAUGAAGAAAGGCACUAUCAGUGAUUUUCUCGACCGUGUUUCUGGUGUAAGACAUAUGAUCAUCUCUCAGCCUACUCUAGAGGUCCUUCUUCCUUACUUCAAACAUGGACUAGCUUCCAAGUUUCGUAACUUAUCUCGUUUAGAAGCUACGUUCUGCAACGUCUUAUUACAACGGUUUCCCGAUUUUCUUGAGAGUUUCCCGAAGCUAAAACACCUCACGUUGUACCUAGUUUAUAUGAAGGAGCUAGAGCCAGAGAAUCUUGAACUGACCAAUGUGCCUACAUGCUUGCUAUCGACUCUAGAGUGUGUCGAGAUUAAAGAAGUGAUUACGAGGAACAAUCAGAGAACCGUAUUGAAGCAAUGGCACAAGAAGACUAUAUGGAUGGAAGCAGUGAGAUAUAUUCUUGAGAAUUCUUUACUUCUCAAGAAACUCAUUUUGUGUUUUUCUCCUAAAACCAUCAAAGUCUCAAAGAUGUCCAAGUCGCUUGCUACAUUCACAAAACGUUCUCCUAAAUGUGAAGUCUUCAUUCGUUGGACAUCUCUUUCAAAAUCAACGUAG